AUGGCCCUAUCCUCGUCUCUGGCGUUGACAUCGGCCCUGUCGCUGGCCGCGGGUGCCUAUCUCAAUGCUAAGCUUUCCCUGUCCACCGAUAUUUCCCAGAUUCUCGGGGAUCGGGCAUGGGUUAAACGAUUGGGUCGGCGGAUGGCUGAGCUGGGUGACAGUGCUACGAUCUAUAAGAUGCUGGAACGCGUCGUCGAUGUUGACGGCCACGGCUCGACGGAGGCGCUUUGGUUUGAGAAUAGGACGUGGACGUAUAGCCAGUUGAAGGAGCUUGUCGAUCGAUUCGCUGCUCUUCUGCACGCUAGAGGUAUCAAGACCGAUGACUGCGUUGCUGUGUUCAUGACGAAUUCGCCCGAAAUGGUCGUGACGGCUUAUGCGCUCUCGAAAUUGGGUGCUGUGGGUGCUCUCAUCAAUGUGAAUCUCAGAGAUGAUACCUUUCUCCAUUGCCUUCGUGUAUCAAAUGCAAAAUCAAUCAUCUCGACCCCAGAUUUGACGCCGCAUGUACGCUCUGAUCUGCCUCAUCUGGCAUUCAACUUUUCCUCGUUUGAUGGAAUCGCCACCGAGGCGAUCGAGCUGGUAACUUUCGCCCAGUUGCAGCAAUUCUCCCCGUUCGGUCUCAAGGCAGCCAAGAGGACUCCCAGCGAUUUGACUGUGCUGAUCUACACCUCAGGGACCACAGGCAAUCCCAAAGCGUGCGGGAUUCGAAAUAUGAUGACCCUGGUGACCUCGAACCCGCUCAGUCUCGACGUCAACAGUCCCCGUAAAUACUAUCCUAUCCGCACAUACUCCCCUCUUCCUCUCUUCCACGGGACGGCUUUCUUCACCGGGUUAUGCUAUUCCCUAGGGAACGCUGGAACCCUCUGUCUCCGUCGCAAGUUCUCCGCGUCGCAGUUCUGGAAGGACGUCCACGACUCCCGAGCCACGCGCAUCCUCUACAUUGGCGAAUUAUGCCGGUAUCUGCUUUCGACCCCGCCCUCGCCAUACGACAAGAACCACUCCUGCAUCGUCGCAACGGGGAACGGUCUCCGUGAAGAAAUCUGGGAACGAUUCCGCGAGAGAUUCGACAUCCCCGAGAUCCGCGAGUUUUACCGCUCAACGGAAGGAGUAGCCAAGUUCGACAAUUUCGGCGAGGGAGCCUGGGGUGCGGGACGAGUUGGCUUUUCGGGACCGAUUCGCCGCUUUCUCGAGGACGAUGUCUUCAUCGUCAGGUACGAUCCUGAUACGGAAUCGCCGUAUCGAGACCCAAGGACCGGAUUCUGUAUUCGAGCAAGGCCGGGCGAAGAAGGGGAGGCGAUUGGGCGUGUUCGCAACCGUGGUUUGCUUACGGAAUACAUCGAUAAUGAGGAGGCAACGGGAAAGAAGCUCCUCAGGGAUGUGUUCCAGAAGGGGGAUCUCUUCCAACGAACGGGCGACUUGGUCGUUCAGGAUGUGUCGGGUUGGGUCAAGUUCGCUGAUCGGGUCGGGGAUACGUUCCGGUGGAAAGGGGAGAAUGUCAGUGCUGGCGAGGUUAGGGAUCAUAUUUGCAAGAUUCCAGGGGUGCAUGACGCUGUAGUUUAUGGUGUCAGACUGCAGAGUUAUGACGGCCAAGCUGGUGCCGCAGGAAUCACAUUAGAGGACCACUCCGAGACGGCAGAGAAGGACUUCAUGACCCAUCUCUACUCUGAGUUAAGGAAGAAGGGCGUUCCCCUGUACGCCUUUCCGCGUCUCGUCAGGAUCACCGAGAAAGUAGCAACCGGCGUCACAUUUAAGCAAGCCAAGGGCGAUUUGGUGAAGAAAGGAUGGGAUCCCCGGGUCGACUGGAAAGGCGACAAACUGUACUGGUUGAACGGCAAGAAGUAUGCUAAGCUGGAUGAGCGAAGCUGGAUGGAAAUAGAGACUGGAAGGGCUAAGCUGUAACCUUUGUCUAUAUACCUUUCGAAUGCCCUUAGAUUCAGGGAUAUAGGGCAAAUCUGCAUUUAUGGCCGAUGGCCAGGAUCCAAGGCAAGAAAUCAGGCUUGGAAGCCGACACAAAGCAGACUAGACUUCUCCGACAUAAUACCAAUCUUAAGCGCUUGACUUCGACUAGCAACGCCUCCUGCAAGCCGUCAGGCAAGCAGUGCUUAUUCUUAUUGAUGAUCGACG